AUCAUGUCCACAUAAGGAAAACGAUUAAUCCUAUCAUUAAUUAUACAACAAGGUGCGAUAUAUCGCAUGCUACCAUACUGAUAGUGAUAAAUCUCCACAACAACCAGUUUAUAAUUACGCGGUUAUGAAAGUAACAUCUGCCGUGCUGUUCAUUGGUUACAUUUUACGCAGGAGAGAUGAAAGUGACAAAAGUAUUUCGGAAUGAAUGGUUACUGUCUUUGCUGUGGAGCUGUUGAACUACAUUGCUGUCGGAAACUGUUAUGAGACUACCGCAAGAAUAACGUCUUUCAUAAUAAAGAAGUAUUAUGACGAAUCUAAAUCGUCGUGGCAGUUUGUCAGCUACAAGCAUUGACACAACUUCUGUGGAAAAUGUAUUUACUGACGAGACAGAUGUUCCUUCUUAUUACGUCAUUUGUGAUGAUGGUUUGGUUAAUGGUCUUAUACCUCGAAUGGCGACGUCGCUUUCAUCUCCUUUGUCAAGGAAAAACAAUCGGCUCUCUACUUAUAAGAAGAAAGAUCUCACCAGGACCAGGUCAUUGCCUAGUAAAAAUGAGAUCACUUAUUCAAACCGUCGACACAAAGACCUACCAGAUAUCGAAAGAAAAAUCAUUGACAGUUAACCGACCCGUCUUAACCUUUCAAAAAUGCCGACCAUUUCCGUCAGAGCUAGAAGCACUUGAGGCUUGCUAUUGGUUGAGAGCUACGGGAUUUCCACAGUACGCACAGAUGUAUGAAGAUUCCUUGUUUCCAAUUGAUAUUGCAGCCGUAGCUAAAGAUCAUGAUUUCCUGGAUCAAGAUUCUAUUGAAGCAUUGUUUAGGCGUCUUCAAACCCUGAACAAUUGUGCAAAACUGAAGCUACAUCCAAGAAAGAUCGACGAAUACGAUUCGGACGACGAAGAACUUAUUGCGCUCAGCUCAAGAUGGAAAUUACAACGUAAAAAUCGAAAGUGGUCAAGAAGGAGAAGAUCCGAUGAUGCAUUGAGGGUCGCUAUUAGUGAGAAUACGCCAAACUGUUCGCAAAAACCUUCACAACGUACGUACACGCAUUGCAAGGAAAGUAACUCAAUGAAAGCCGAUAACGAUAAAAUAAUCAAUGUAAAUAAUAUUAACAACAAUGGUAGCAAUACCGCCCUUGAACUAUUUUACUCGAGACUUCACGAAAGAAGACCGAGUUUGUAUGAUAAUCUUCCAAUAAACAAUUGCACGACAAGGAACUCACUUGGUAAAUCUUCACUCAUCAAUGGUGAUGAAAGUGAUACUGAAGUUGGGUCACCUGUGGCGAAGAGAAGGCCUGGGAGCGAACGAUAUUCGUCAUCUCAUAGUGCUGUUGGAGGAGACGCUCUAGGUUCAUCACCAGAGGACCAAUCAUCUGACGAGGAAGAUGUAUCUAAAGAUUUAGAACUAGUCAAGUCGUUGAAUGAUCAAGCUCCGCGCACUGAUAAACCACGGGCAAAGAAGGCGAGGUGGCAUAGCUUUCAAAGAACGAAGAAUCCACGAAGAGACUCCGCUUUACCUUCUCUGAAAAUAUCUAAUUUAUCUGGCGGUCAAUUGGCAGUUCUGAGAAAACUCUCUCUUCUCAAACUAACGGCUCUAAUAGAAAGAUAUUCGACAGCACAUAGAGGAAUAGGAUGGUCUGUUCCGAGAAUUUUUAAGAAAAUCAUCUCACCAGAUUAUAAAGGGAAGAACGUCUUCGGAGUACCAUUUUUAGUCAAUGUUCAACGAACUGGUCAUUCAUUACCCAAAACUAUUCUAAGCGCAAUCAAUCACUUACGUCAAUCUGCACUCCAGUCCGUUGGGUUAUUUCGAAGAUCAGGAGGAAAGCAACGAAUUCAUCAACUGAAAUCCUUAAUGGAGGAAAAUCCUGAGUUAGACGACUUUCAAGAUUGGGCUAUUUUUGAUAUUGCUGACGUGUUGAAGAUUUACUUCCGAGAAUUACCUGAACCAUUGUUAACUGUGAAAUUAGCGGACACGUUCCUAUCCAUUCAUCAACAUGUUCCGAAAGAGCUGAGACUUGGAGCAAUGCAGGCUGUUGUGCUUCUAAUGCCAGACGAAAACAGAGAGGCUCUACAAACCUUGCUAUUGUUCCUGCACGACGUUGCUCAACAAUCUAGCGUGAACCAGAUGACUGCCAACAAUUUGGCCGUGUGCUUUGUUCCUGCUUUCUUUCAUUUGUGUGGAGCAUCCGAUGACGUCAUUGGUCAUCCUAAAAGAGUAAAACGACCUGCAAUGAAUAAAGCAGCUAAAGAAUUAUCUAGUGGUCUCGACGCUCAAGAAUGUAUCACACAAAUGAUUAACGACGUCAGAAAAUUGUUUGCUAUUCCGCAAGAUACGAUGAUGAAAUCAAAGUUUUCGUAUAUUGAACAAGGAGAACCCGUUACUCUCGAAGAGCUGGGAAAAUUAGAUGGAUGUACAAAUGAAGAUUAUCACAGUUACCUUGAAACUUGUAUAGCUUCGAUAUUAAAGGAAUCACGGCUAAAGUUUAAGAGUUGGUUAUCAUAUACGUGGCCUGAGGCAAUUCCAUCAAUUGAAAUAUCGUAUAAGAAAGUACGAGAUGGUUAUCCCCUGAGACUGUGGAAAGCGACCACAGAAAUUGACGCUGAACCUGAUGCUGUUAUGCGAAGAAUAACUCAUGAAAGAAAACAAUGGGAUAAUGAACUCUUAUCGGAAAAUGUUAUUCAAGAGCUGACAGAAAACACACAAGUCUAUAAAUAUGUCACCCGAACCACCUUACUACAUCCACCACAAGAUCAUGUCAUUCUAAGAACAUGGCGAUCAAAUAUUGACAGUGGAAAAUGUGUUGUAGUGACUACCUCAAUUGCUCAUACUGAAAUAAACACGGCCGAAAGUGUCCGUGCUACUGUACUCGCGUCAAGAUACCUGAUUGAACCCAUAGAACAUGGAAGAUCUCGCCUAACUCACGUCUUCAGGGUUGACCUCAGGGGUCGUACUCCAGACUGGUAUCAUGCUGCCAUGCCCCCAAUUCUUGCGAACUCCAUUCAAAGAAUAAAGAACUCGUUUUUAGGGGAUGGUGAUGGUCAGGAAACAAACGUUUAGGAGUGAAAAAAAAAAGAGUAUGAACCAUUGUUGGGGGAACAUGUCCUACGGAGGUAUUCGGUGUUCCGUUUAGGCCAAAAGUUAAAAAGAGAGGAAUUUGUGUUGAACUCAUAUCGAGAAUUUGUAUUGUAAUCCAAUGUUAUUUAGGCAGCCUCUUCGAAGUGGGAAACAAAAGACUAUAAAAAGACCCUAUUAAAUACCCCUGCCAAACAUUAGUGCUUAAAUUAUAUUUGUAUCAUGCAUGGGUGCGCGAAUGAAUACAAAUCUCAGUGACAUUGUUUAAAAGGGAACGUUUUAUAAAUUUCACAUAAGUAUAGAGCCUAGUUUUCAAUUGAAGCCGACGUUUGAUGACUGAUGAGUAUAACAUCUUUGUGUCUGAAAUUAAUUGAUUUCCGACAUUGAACGAGCAUCAAGUCGGCGACUGAGCGGGGUUACGAUGAUCAAGCCAAGGACUUACUAACUUUACAAUCAAGUGAAGUAAAUUAGUGAUUAAAUAUCUUAGAAAUUUAAAGACGUGACAAAUCAACAUUACCAUUCGCACAUUAUAUGCGUUUUCUCUUGGUCGUCUUUAAAUUGCUAAUUUCUUCAUUUCAUAUUGAAGUAACUGACUUUAAAUACGAAAAUGGCAAGGAAUAAAAUCAUACAUUUUAGGAAAUAAAUAAUUGGAGUGUACAAUUUUAGUGUUGUUUUAACACAUAAACAUACGCAUAGGACUAUAAAUUGUAUGCCAUGAUUCAACUGUAUAUAUUUGUAUUUAAAUUUAAAACGAACUCCAACUGAUUCUCAGCAAGAGUUUUAUAAAGUUGUCUAUAAUUUCAUAUUCCACGCUGAUUUUGCGGCAUUAGUUAUUCACUGAUAUUCCCAAUGGCUAACAAAUUAUCAUUUCACACCCAAAUAACUUGUGCAAAACCUGUAGACUAACUAUCCUAGGUAUUAAAGUAGAUAUACAUCGAUUUCUAUUCUCCUUGCUUCCAUCUCGACUUUAGAUUUUUAAAGCUUUGGUCACAGCCCAGGUUGAGU